AUGGCGCCAGACAACUGUCCGGCCGGACAUGAGCCGACCCUCUCAUUCUCGCAGGGUCUGAUCGUCGGCCAGCUGUCGGUGGUCCUGCUCGUGGCAGCCUUUAUCAAGUUCUUCAUCUUUGGUGACCCGCCGUCGGCAGAGGCUAUAGAGAUCCGAAGGGCGGCUGAGCGACGGUCCCGGACAGAGGCUCACAAGGAAUCGCUUCUCCGGCUGCGCUCGAUCCGGGAAGAGCAGUCGGGGGACCAACAGAAGCAGCAGCAACAACAGCCGAGCAGCAGGCACAAGUCUGGCGUGCUACGGCGGCCACCGAGCCUGACGAUCGGCUCGAUCCUCAGCAAGACGUACUACCGGGUGGACAGCCACCAGCCCGAGAGUCUGGACUGGUUCAACGUGCUGAUCGCGCAGACGAUUGCGCAGUUUCGCAACGACGCCCAACAUGACGACGCAAUUCUGGCAUCGCUGACUAAGGCCUUAAACGGCGACUCGCGGCCCGAUUUUGUCGAUGAGAUCCGCGUGACCGAGCUGAGCCUGGGCGAGGAUUUUCCCAUCUUCAGCAACUGCCGCAUCAUCCCCGUCGACGAGGACGGCCUCGGCUGUGGUGCCGGUGGCAGCGGCGGCCCCAAAGGCACAUCGAGCCCGGCAGCACGGCUGCAGGCACGCAUGGACGUGGACCUGAGCGACAUGAUCACGCUGGCGGUGGAGACGCGGCUGCUGCUUAACUAUCCGCGGCGGCUGUCGGCGGUUCUGCCGGUGGCGCUGGCGGUAUCAGUGGUGCGGUUCAGCGGCACGCUGUCGGUGUCUUUUGUGCCGAGCAACCCGUCGCAGGCGACGCCGACCCGGAUGAUCUUUGCCUUUCUCGACGACUACCGUCUGGACUUUAGCAUCCGCAGUUUGUUGGGCAGCCGCUCGCGCCUGCAGGACGUGCCCAAGAUCGCCCAGCUGAUCGAGUCGCGGUUGCACCGCUGGUUUGACGACCGCGCCGUCGAGCCGCGCUUCCAGGAGAUUGCCCUGCCGAGCCUGUGGCCGCGCAUGAAGAACGCCCGGGGUGGAGACGGAAAGACGUCGGGCGGACCGCCCAGCGAGGACGUUGCAUCCGACAGCGCGGCCGCCACAGCAGCAGGACUCAGCAGCAAGGCCGCUACCGGUGGCCGGCCCGAGUCGAGAGAUUCGCGCGACUCGAGAGACACGCGCGACACCCGAGACCAGCGCGAUCCACGCCGCGAUGCCGACACCGAGACUUGGCUGCAGCACCAGCAGCCACACCUGCAGGGCCUGCCGUCAGCUGCGGCCGUGGCCCUGGCUCAGCCCGGACAGGUGCCGCAUCUGGCAAACAUGCUGCGGCCAUCACAGGACUCGCUGCGCCACCGUCAGCGGUCGCGGUACGACGACGUAUUCUCGAUGCCGGGCUCGCUGCCGGACUCGAUGGAUCCGCGCGGUUGA